UGAAUCGUUUAAACUUUCUCUGUUUUUGAUCUCGAAAAUGAAAGUAUAUAACGUUAUAGUAGCAGCCAACCAGAAUUGUAGAAGUUUGAAGCCACCUAUUCCCAUACACUUUUUCCAAUACCAUCGGCAUAGCGGUCUCUGGUUUUGAACAUUGCCAGUCUGACUCGCUCCUUUUUCGUACUGAAUGAGGGAAUCGUCAACUCUAUUGUACCUUCUUUCUCGCACUUACUCCGAACUAUUAUCCAUUCUGUUUUUCCCAUUUCAUUCUUACAAUUUGAAACAAAAACCAAUCUUGGGAAAUUUUUGGGUUGAACACAACUUCUUCUGCAAAUUAAAAAUACAAACUUUGAACUUUUUUUUAGACUUACCAUAGUAGUAGUGUUAAUAUAAUUGGAAGAUCAGAUGGGGAUAGAGAGUAAAUACCAAAUGAAGGUGGUGGAAGGAGAUAAUGGCUACGUACUUGAAGAUGUCCCUCACUUGACUGAUUACAUCCCUCAUCUUCCCACUUAUGAUAACCCAUUGCAGUCUAAUCCAGCAUACUCAGUUGUGAAGCAGUACUUUGUCGACCCGGAUGAUACAGUUCCUCAAAAGAUUGUUGUUCAUAAGGACAGUCCACGAGGACUACAUUUUCGGCGUGCUGGUCCCCGUCAAAAGGUUUAUUUCAGUUCAGAUGAUGUUCGUGCUUGUAUUGUUACAUGUGGUGGUUUGUGCCCUGGACUAAACACGGUGAUCAGAGAAAUUGUACAUAGCCUUGACUAUAUGUAUGGUGUAGAUAAAGUCCUUGGAAUAGAAGGAGGCUACAGAGGUUUCUACGCAAAAAACACUAUCAAUUUGACACCAAAGCUUGUAGAUGAUAUUCAUAAACGUGGUGGUACAAUCCUUGGGACGUCACGAGGAGGCCACGAUACCACAAAGAUAGUUGACAGCAUACAGGACCAUGGAAUUAAUCAGGUCUAUAUAAUUGGUGGCGAUGGGACUCAAAAAGGAGCAGCUGUCAUUUAUGAGGAAAUCAGGCGGCGUGGUCUCAAAGUUGUUGUUGCUGGGAUACCAAAGACAAUUGACAAUGAUAUUCCAGUAUUUCUCAUUUCCUCUUACUAUAAUUGAUUAUAUUUUUUUCUGGUAUGAUACACAAUUUAGCAACCUAAAGAAGUAAUUCCAAAGUUUCUUGUAAAGUGCAAAGCAUAAAUUUUACUGAAUAGUAAAAGUACAGUGUAAUUACUUUUUUUUUUUGAG